CUCUCUCUCUCUCUCUCCGUUCCUGCUAUUCGCAAAUGUGUUUAUUGUUAUUAAGAACACAAAACUUUAAGAGAAGGUGCAGAAAGGCCGAGUGUACAAGUGGCACUUUAAGACAGUAACCUAACGCCGCCCUCUAUCGGCCAGGGACGCCCCGCCACCAAGAGAGACGCCAUGGACCCCGCCAAGAUCCUGCAGAUAAUCACCAACAGCACGUGGAUGGUGACGCGGCUGGUGGGGAGCGACCCGGUGGAGUUCGAGAAGCAGAAGUACGUGGUGGAGGUGCCCGAGAACAGCGCCAGUGUGCCUCUCCUGCGCCUCACUGUCAAGCUCAACCCGCCUGGCAAAGUGGUGAAGUUCCGGAUCAAGUCAGGCAACGAGGGCGGUUACUUCAGCUUGGAAGACACCAGUGGCCGCCUCUCCCUCGCCCGCCCGCUCGACUAUGAGAGCCAGACGCAGCACGAGGUGGUGGUGGAGGCGCGGGCGGGGACGGGAAGGAGCGAGGCGAGGGUCGUGGUGGUCGUGAGGGACGUGAACGACCACACCCCCUCCUUCUCCAGGUCGUCCCUCCUCAUGCAGCUCACGGAGGGGGAUGGCCGCCACUUCCCCAAGACUAUUUUGAAGACGAAGGCAACAGACGGUGACAAGGGGAAGUUUGGUCACCUUUCUUACAGUCUCUCGGGGGAUGGCGUGCAUUUCCUACCCUCCUCCCGCUCCUCCUCCUCCUCCUCCUCCUCCUCCUCCUCCUCCUCCUCCUCCUCCUCCUCCUCCUCCUCCUCCUCCUCCAACGCCUCAUCCACGCCAAGCUUCGCAAUCGAUUCCUCCACUGGUGAUGUGCUGCUGCUGAAGCCCCUGGACCGCGACCCUCCCGACGGGCGUGCAGUGUGGCGCCUGUGGGUGACAGCCUCAGACGGGGAACUGCAGGCGUCCAUGAGCAUCACCAUCAACCUGAAGGACGUGAACGACAACGCCCCGCACUUCCCGGAGAGUCGCGUCACGGUUGCCAUUCCCGAGGACGCCCCGCUGGGCACAUCCGUUGUCCAAAUGACCGCUGUUGACCUGGACGACCCCCUGGAAGGCCACAACGCCCGCCUCACCUACUCCCUGGAGAGGAACGUGGUGGAGGCUGCGUCAGGGAGCCCCAUCUUCGCCGUGGACCGCCUGCAGGGCCUCGUGACCACCGCCGUCUGCUGCCUGGACCGCGAGAAGACCCAGAAGUACAUCCUGCACGUGCUGGCGACGGAUGGCGGGGGACUCAAAGGGACCAGCACGGUGGAGGUGGAGGUGAGCGACGUGAACGAUGAGCCUCCUCGUUUCUCCGUGGCCGAGUGGUUCCUGGACGUGAGGGAAGGCCACCCGCCCGGCCAGGUCCUCGCCUCCCUCACCGUCAUCGACCCAGACACUUGUAAUGACUUCGCGUUCAGGCUGGUGCCCGGCAGUGGACACGGGUGGCAGCUGUUCAGGGUGGAGGCGCAGCGUGACGGGACAGCUGAGAGGUAUAGAGGAAGAAAGGAGGACCCCGCUGGAGCAAUGGGGAAGCUGGACGGGCCAGGUAAAACUCGCGGCGUUAAUUCUGAGGAGUUUCCCGUGAGCGAAGAAAACGGGCGAGAAGGAAAGGGAAGCGCGAGGGUGGAGCUGAGGGCGGUGCGGGAGCUGGACUACGAGAACCCAGAUCACAGGCGAGGCUUCAGGUUUCGUCUGCAGGUGACUGACAAGGGAGCUGCGGGGUGGCAGGAGAGGCGGCGGGUGGGCAGCGCCUGGGUCAACAUCAACCUGGUAGACAGCAACGACAACACGCCGGUACUGCAGGAGAAGCACGCCCGCCGCACCGUGCCUGAGGACGCGGCCCCCGGCACCCUCUUGGCCUCCUUCACCGCCACAGACGCAGACGGGGCAGGUCGCGGGACCAUCCACUUCACCAUCGCCCCUGACAGCGAUCCCCACACCUUGUUCAGCGUGGACGCGGUGGGAGCGGUGCGGGUGGCGGGCGGCCUGGAUAGAGAGAAGAGCCCCGCCCACACUCUCCUCGUGUGGGCGUCAGACGAUGGUGUUCCACCCCGGACCGCCACAGCCACCCUCACUGUCGCCGUGACAGACGUGAACGACAACGCUCCCUUUCUGAGCGAGCCCAAGGGUGGUGUGGAGGUGGAAGAAAACGGGGAGCCGCAGAUGGUGACGAAAAUCAGACUCGACGACCCGGACGACUGGAAUCUGGGUCACGGGCCGCCCUUCAGCCUCGUCCUCGACCCCAGGGCGCCCCAGCACGUGUCCCUCCGUCGUCAGGGUGGAGUUUGAUCCCAAGGCGGAGGACGGGCGGGGGCAUUGGCGUGGUGUGGGUCCGCGGCGCACUGGACAGGGAGGAGAGGAGAGCCCUGUUGGUCCCAGUGGUGGUGAGUGACGGCGCCCCGCAGCCCUGUACUGCCACCCUCACCUUGACUCUCAACGUGGGCGACCAGAACGACAACCCGCUGACGCCCGCCGCCAAGACUGUCACGGCGCAUGUCCUCAAGUAGGAGGGAGAAGGGAGUGAAAAGGUGCCUCUGGGGAGAAUAUACGUGAAGGACCCUGACGAAGGCGCUGAGGGAGAGGACCUACGCCUGGAGGAGCGCCCCGCCCUUGCCUGGCUUCUCCCUGCAACAAGAUACUGG